UUUGUGUAUCUUUUUUCUGGUGUAUGUCGUGGACUGGACAUUGGAGAAAUAUGUGAAAUUGAACUGUGUGGAAUAAGUGUUUCCAUUCGUGAUUGUGCUAUGCUCGAUGUACUUGUUUAUCGUUAGGGUCCGUGAAACAGUGACAAGAAAUUUAAACAAAAACAUGGAAUGAAAAGACCGUGGACUUCACAUUGGUUUUAAUUUUCCCCGCGUGCUACGAGGUAUUCUUGAAGUCCACGAGAGGGUGAAGUGCAAGGACUAUAGAGAGGAGGUUUUCGAACGAGCUGUAGAAUUCGCGGCAGACGAUUGCAGGCUCUGUAGCAGGUGGUUGUGCCGGCGAUAGUGAAAGUCGGCAGCGGGAGACGGCGGCGGCGGCGGCGAGCGAGGUGGCGGCCGCCCUCCUCCCUCCUCCCUCCCUCUCCUCAGUGGCUCUCUCGACGCCGCGGCGGUCGCACGUGUCGGUUCUCGCUCGUGCCGCGGAUUCUUUCUUGGCUCUUCGCUCGCGGCCCACCGUCGUUUUCUUCGCCGUUUUUUGUGUGUGGAACGUUGCGGAUUUUAUUUUUAUUUUCUCAGUGCAUUGUUGACAAAUAGAACAAAAGUGUGUACCGACCGGAAGCGUGAUCUUACAGUUGACCCAAGUGCCUGAGUGACCUCAAGUGGUUGACCCGAGUUUGGAUAAGAUUUUAAACCCAGCCUGAUAACUUUUAUGAACUGUGUGAGAAGAUAACAAAACACAUCUGUUCCCCAUCGCUGCAGCUGUGACCAAUACUCGCCCAAGUUCUGUAUUUAAAGAAUUCAUUACCUAGAUCUGAGAUAAAGCAAGAACAGGGCGGGCACGUGAAGUGUUAAAAGAGUGAUAUGCACGAGGCCCGAAGGCGAGGUUGAGUGGCCGGGUGUUCGGGAUUCGUUCGGACGCCCUCGCGACCAGCUCGCGGCAAAGCGGAGACUAACGCUGUCCUCUGGUCACCAGGGCGGCUCCCCGCCAUGUGAGAGCGGUUCCCGCGUCGCGAUCGGAUAUGACGGGCGGCGAACGAUCGCUCAACCACAUGGGCGUGAGUGGAAGUGGUCACUCCGAGCACCCGCCGCCCUGCCACAGGGCCCCGAGAAGCGUUCAGUCCGGCGUGGUGCAGGGCCCCGUCCACGCCCCCGCAAGAGCUGCAGGCGGCGACAGCAGCAGCAUGGACUCCUUCAGAAAGUCGCCGGACCACAUGUGCUUGCACAAGGAGUCUUGCAUGGUGGAGAGCCUCACGCGACAGCUGCACGACACGUCCCUGAACCUGUUUGGCGAGGACGACUGCGUGGAGGGUGCGGACUCCGCCUUCGAGGAAGAGUCGUCCGACUUCUGGAUGAGUCCCGGACUCACUCGCCAGAACUCGUACCUCGAGUCCGUCCCCGAAAACUGCAGUCUGAGCCGCCGCUCCUCGCUCCUGGAGGAGGACCUGAAGGAGCCGCUGAGCCGCCGCGCCUCCAAAGACUCCCGCAGCGCUCUCUCCCGGCGGGGCUCCAUGCUGGACGAACUGGAGCCCCGUGACAUCCGGGAACCGCAGCCGCUGGGCCGGCGGGACUCCCUGCUGGAGGCCGUCCUAGCUGCCAAGCGGGGGGGCUGGCGCGGCCUCGUGCGCACCGACAGCAUGGAGAGCGGCGCCUCCAUGGCCUCCUCCAUGGCCUCCGUCAGCAGCAGCAGCGAGGGUUCGGUGUGUCCGUGCGACGACUGCAUGCUGGGCCUCACCGACCUCCUGCUGGUCCCGACCCCGCACUCUCAGCCCUCGCGACCCAAGAAGAUAUUCGAAAUCAGUAAUAUGAAUAAUUGUGUAUCCUAAUAAAACUGGAAAGUGUGAACGCAAAAAAGAAAAGAAAAUCGAGACACGUCAUUCAUAAAAGCAGUGCAUGAGUGGAGAAUGACAUUACAAUAAGCCCUGCGACUUCUUAGAGUCAUGAUAUUGAUAAGAUAACGGCUGGGAAGAUAACAUUAAAUACUUGUGUAGUGUACGAGUGAACUUAAAAGAACGCACAUUGAGAGUUUGUUCAGUUUGUUUGCGUACCUGGCCCAUAUCGGACCCCAGCCGCAACCCGCACGUCCCCAU